GGAGGCAGGCGGCGCGCCCGCCUCUCUGCUCCGUGCGCCGGGGCGGGCGCGUCGCUCGGCGCUCGCUUGCUCAGGCCUGCGGCGCGGGGGGAGCGGGGCGGGGGGCUGCUUGUUGCCGCCGGAGCCGCCGUGCUGUGCGGAGCGGUCCGGUCCGGUCGCGUCCGGCUGCGCCUGCCGGCGCCACGCGGGUGGGCAUGGGGCUGGGCUCGAGCUCCGAGGUCCCCGACGGCGGCGCCGAGGGCUUCCACGUUCACGGGGUUCAAGAAAACUCUCCAGCUCAGCAAGGAGGAUUGGAACCUUUCUUUGAUUUCAUUAUUGCGAUAGGACACACUAGGCUUAAUAAAGAAAACAAUAUGCUGAAAGACCUGCUGAAGGCAAAUGCUGAAAAACCAGUGAAGCUGGAGGUGUAUAAUAUCAAAACAAUGAAAAUGAGAGAGGUGGAGGUGAUCCCCAGUAAUAUGUGGGGAGGGCAAGGUCUUCUCGGCGCCAGUGUGAGGUUCUGCAGUUUCCAGGGAGCCAAUGAACAUGUGUGGCAUGUCUUGGAUGUUGAACCUGCGUCUCCUGCAGCUCUAGCUGGUCUGCAGCCAUACUCUGACUACAUUGUUGGAUCUGAUCAGAUUCUUCAGGAGUCAGAGGAUUUCUUUUCACUGAUUGAAUCCCAUGAGGGGAAGCCGCUGAAGUUGAUGGUUUAUAACACUGAAGCAGACUCCAUUCGAGAGGUAGUUGUGACUCCCAAUGGAGCUUGGGGUGGAGAAGGAAGUUUAGGAUGUGGUAUUGGAUAUGGCUAUUUGCACAGAAUUCCAACACAGUCUAUAGUAUCAAAGAAAAAGCCAGAAAGCAAACCACCUUCACCCUUAUCAUCAGAAGCCAGAACUCCUGUACCAUCUACUAAUGGUUACACAGAGACUCCAUUAUUGGCACCUGCUUCUCAGAAUGAAAACUCUGAAAUAGUUAUGAGCUUGGAUCAGUCCACAGAUCAAGAGAUGAGUGGCUAUUCACCGGAAAGCUCACUUUCUCCUCCUCCUCCUGUCCAAAGAGUUAUGGAUCCAGGAUUUCUAGACAUGUCUGGUAUUUCAUUUCCUGAACUCACUGACUUAACAAAGGUUUCUGACAUGUCUGCCUCCUUCAACAUGCCAGCAGCAGACACUUUAGGAGGCACUGAAAAGUUAAUGUCUAACAGCGAAGCUGCUGCUUAUUUUGAGAAUCCCACAGCUUUGGACCCUGAACACCUAACCACAUAUCCUGAAGGUUCAGUUAAGGAGCCUGAGUUGGACCAGCUAAUACCUUCAAUUUCAUCUUUACCUUCUCUUGCUCUUCCUAAUGAAAUUUCUUCAAAAACAACACUAGGAACUGAUCCAAAUAACCAAGAAACAAAACUACUCCUAAACAGUACUGAGAGCUCAUUAUCCACUACUCCACUGAAACCUGAUGAUGAAAAAGCAUGUGAACAGAAAGAGGAAGCUGCACAAGAUCAGUGAAAAGGACACUUCUUUUGUUGCCAGACAGCCAAUAUGCUGUAAUGCUACAGCUUGGAAUAUUUUUCUGAUCUCUUAAGAGAAUUAUAGCCAUUCUAUUUUGUUAGUGUAGACAAUAUUAUAAAAGUAUGUAAAUUCAUAUGAAAUACCUAUCCUAUUAUCUUCUCCCAUCAUGGUUUGAUGGUUUGAUAUGUGUUCAGACUUUGCUGAAUACUGUUCAAAAUCAACAGAUUAUUCAGUUCUCUUAAAAGGAGAAAUUAAUGCAAAAACUAUUUGGACACGGGUAAAGUUUCAACUUCUUGGAUUAAAGUUUGGCUUACAAUUGCUCCUCAAUAUAUUUUAUGAAGGCAUUCUGCCUGAAUAGUGAGCUUUAAUGAUGACUUUCCCAGUAUGUUUGAUGGCAUUUAAAAGGAAGUUAUUUUACAACUUUGACUUGCUGGAAAAAUUUGCUACUGGUUCACCUCAGUUUGAUAGUUCUUGUGACUUUUAAGACCCUCUCUACCCCAAGAUACCUUUAUUCAUACUUAUUACUUUGCAAACUUAUUUUUCUUGCUUUAGCCUUCUCUUUCUCUAUAAGGGUUAUUCACAUCUCUUAAACUAUUUUUGCAGGAAAGGAAGUAGUUUAAGUUUUGAAAUUGCAACAUAUAGAUAGGGCAAAAUGGGGUCGGUGUGUUCUGUUACUCACUUUAGCUCUUUGGUGGAUUAUAUGAUGGUCUCACAGUUUAAAAAAAUCAAGGGAAGAAUGCUGGUGGUUAUUUGAAAUUAAGUUUAUUAAAGUAAAGAUUCAAGUCAAUUCCAUGUGAAUUUAGGGUGAUGAACCUUGUAAACGGAGUUGAGCAUGUCUUGAUUUCUCUAGUAACAGAGGAAUAGCUUUUAUGGUUAUGCUUUUCUGUUUCCCCAAUCAGUAUUUUUAUAAAAAUCAUUAACUUUAAGGCACUGGAAUGGAACUCACUGUAACACAUCUAUUGCUUCUUAGAUUUUUUUUUUUUUUUUUGCAUUUGUCUUCAAAUAUUUUCCACCAUUUGAACCUUUGUGUUACAUGAUUAGUAAGUAACAAGUAACAAUUGAAGACACCUGAAGGUUUUUAUACCCCUCAGGGCAGCAGUUUAUCACAGAUUUUUAAACUGGUUGGGAAUAACCUCACUAUAGCUGAUACAACUACUAUGAUGAAAAUCCUCUGCCAUCUUAAGAGAAUCAGGUGCAAUAUUAGACAUGUUUUAAGCUGUAAGUUUGUAGGUUUAUUUAGCACAAUACAGUGUCAAAUUCCCUCCUCCUCUUCCAUCACCCCCUGAUGCUUUUCUGCAUCGUGCCCAAUGGAGAUUAGUGAACAGAAUGACUGACUAGGCUAAGAUAUUGCAACAGCGUGGGAUGGGGAGUCUAGGUCACACAGACUUGCCUGUGACAGCUCACCUGCAGCAAAAUGGUGUAGAUGAAGCCACGAAACAAGGGACAGGUCUUCAGAUGAUACACUGUUGAAUAAAAACUUAAGAUUUCUUAAAAUACAUUUCUUCUUCUUCCCUUCCUCUAAUGGACAGCUGUAUGUGUGAAUAGCCAAAAUUAAGAAUAAAGAAUAUAUAAUUUAA